AACCCGGCCCACUACAUCCCACAUUGUCCUGGCGUCCUGCCCCCAAAGAUAACCCAUCAAAACCCUAAACGUAUUAAUCACACACUAUAACGCCGCUCACAUUUCCUCUUUUCUCUUUCGCCAUUUCAUUGUUCUGCUUCUUCUACUUCUGCAAUGGGUAAAGGAACAGGAAGUUUUGGAAAGAGGAGGAACAAGACUCAUACUUUGUGUGUGAGAUGUGGUCGCCGUAGUUUCCAUCUUCAGAAGAGCCGUUGCUCCGCUUGUGCUUUCCCUGCUGCUCGCACUCGCAAAUAUAACUGGAGUGUGAAGGCAAUUAGAAGAAAGACUACAGGAACUGGCCGCAUGAGGUAUCUUCGCAAUGUUCCACGUCGUUUCAAGACUGGUUUCAGAGAAGGCACUCAAGCUGCACCUAGGAAGCAAGGAGCUGCUGCAUCUGCUUAAAGUGAGCUGUGGAGGUGUUGAUUUUGGUACUUUUCGGGCAUUAACUCCAUUUUUGCAUCAUUGAAGUGUUGGAACUAGCCCUUUAUAUCUUUGAACUAGCUUUCUAUUUUGAGACAGUAAUUGUGAUAAGAAUGAUAUUACUGGGUUUUUCAAUUCAGUACAUUGUAGUAGACAUUUUAUAUAUUUUGAGGCCAAAAGAUGAGAUUUUGAUUAGCUUCUACA